AUGACUGAUCACUGCUUCUGGGUUUUUUCCAGAUCUGGAAAGCUUUGGCCUCCAGCUGAUGUUGAAGAAAACAAGACGAGUUGCACAUCCACAGGAGCGCCGCUGGAGUCACAGACCUUUCGACCAAUCAGCAGUGGCAACAGCCCCAUUUCCAAGAGUCCCGUUACCUGUGGCACCUCCUCCAACAACACAAACUCCAGACCGGUGUACAACAAUCCGCUCGGCCUGUACGCUCACAACAAUGGCAACGGUGCCCUACCCAAACAGAUGGCCGGCCUCAGUCUGACCUCUACACACAGCCCUGAAGCGUCACUGAACUCAUCGGGCAGCCGUAACGGUUUCGACACACAGUCAGAUGUCUAUAAGAUGCUUCAGGACCCUGAAGAGCCCGUCUCAGCUCCCAAACAAUCGGGCUCUUUCAGAUUCCUGCAGGGAAUGCUGGAGGCUGAGGACGGAGGGACGGACAGAUCUGGAGGAAGAGUUUUGUGUUCUCCAGUAAAAUCUCCCAUUACAGCUCCUCUUCCUCCUCUGCCGGGUCUACUGAAACUGCCGCAGUGUACCAGAUGUGCAAACGGCAUCGUGGGAACCAUCGUGAAGGCCAGAGAUAAACUCUAUCAUCCCGACUGUUUCACGUGUGAUGACUGUGGCCUCAAUCUGAAACACAGAGGAUAUUUCUUCAUCGAUGAUCAUCUGUAUUGUGAGACUCACGCUAAAGCUCGCGUGCAGCCACCCGAGGGCUAUGAUGUGGUGGCCGUCUAUCCAAACUCGAAAGUGGAAUUGCUUCUCUUGGGACCAUGA